GUAAUGUCAAUGUCACUUAUUUAAGUAUCAAAUAUUAAAUUUUUUUCUAUGUCAAUCAUUGAUAAAAAUAAUUACUGGACAAAAUCUAAUUAUUGGGGUUCCCAUAAAACAUUAUUUUUUGUUAGAAAAUCAUUGCAGAACUUGCAGAAAUGUCUAAUGUUGUAGAUAGUUUAACAGAAAUGGGGUUCAGUAGGCAACGAGCAGAAUUAGCAGUAAGCCAAACUGGUAGCAAUGAUCUUCAACAAGUAAUGGAAUGGCUAUUGUCUCACGAAGAGGAUGAAGCCAUGCCAGUAAUUGCAGAUCCUCCAAAAGCACCAGAAGCUGCUUCAGAAAUUGCUAGUGAAAAUGAUAAUAAUACUCAAUCCAAUUCCGACACUGCUGUUUCUGAGGAAGGUGAAGCUGUAGCUAAAUCAAUUAAAUGUGAUGAAUGUGGCAAAUUGUUUAAAACUAAUGAAGAAGUUGAAUUUCAUGCUACUAAAUCAGGUCAUCAAAGUUUUUCUGAAUCUACUGAAGAAAAACGGCCGCUGACAGAUGAAGAGAAAAGAGAACAGCUUGCUAAAAUAGAAGCAAAACUUAAGCAGAGAAGAUUAGAGAGGGAAGCUAAAGAAAAAGAAGAGGCCUUACUCAGGGAGAAAAAUAGAAUAAAAUCUGGAAAGGAUUUGUUAGAAGCCAAGAGACGACAUGAAGAAGUAGAAAUGAAAAAGAUUAUUGAUCAAAGGAAAAGAGAAAAAGAGGAAGAAAGAUUGGCUAAGCAGAGAAUUAGGGAACAGAUUGAACAGGAUAAACUAGCACGCAAAGCCAAAUUCUCCAAUCAACCAGAAGUUGUGACACCAGCAGCACCUGUUGUAACACCUACUCCCGCCAAACCUCAAGUAAAUUAUUCAGAAGUCAAAUUGCAAAUACGAUUACCUGAUGGUUCCAGUCUGACACAGACGUUUGGGGCCAAGGAACCGCUUUCCGCAGUGAGAGUUUUUGUGGAAAUGAAAAGAAACAAUCCAGAUGACCAGUUUAUCCUAAUGACGAGUUUCCCCAAAAAAGUAUUUGACAUUGAAGAUUAUGAUAAACCUUUAGAUUCUCUGGGAUUGGCCCCCGCGGCAGUGCUCAUGGUUAAGAAAAAUUGAAGUGUCUAGUCUACAUUUUAAGGUGUUCUGUUCUUAUAAAUUAUUUCAAUUAUACACUAUGGUUUCUCAUCUUCACGGAUCAAAAUAAAUUUGCUACCUUACAAUUAAGACGAUUAAUUAAUUUUAAAUUGGUAAUAUAAUAAUGUUAUUCUUUCAGAA